AGUUCUCACUAGCUUAUGUACUCAAAACUCAAGCAAAAACAUCUUUAGUAUAUUGUCCACCACUUCCUCACGCUACUCUCUAUUAUUUUCAUCUUCUCCCAAUUUUUUAAGAAUGGAAAUGGUUGGCAAGAUUGCUUGCUUUGUGCUACUCUGCAUGGUGGUGGUUGCACCCCACGUAGAGGCACUGAGUUGCGGCCAGGUUCAGUCUGGCCUGGCUCCUUGCCUCCCUUAUCUGCAGGGCCGCGGUCCUUUGGGAGGCUGUUGUGGUGGUGUUAAGGGUCUGUUGGGUGCUGCCCGAACCCCAGCUGACCGCAAAACUGCAUGCACUUGCCUUAAAUCAGCCGCUAAUGCUAUUAAGGGUAUUGAUAUGGGCAAAGCCGCUGGACUCCCUAGUGCUUGUGGUGUUAACAUUCCCUACAAGAUCAGUCCCUCCACUGACUGCUCCAGGGUCCAGUAAGGCUAGUGAAAGAUUAGUUUUACUUGGAACAAAUGUGGAAGUAGCGCAAUCAUAAUAAGAAGAUGGAUCGAGUUUUUGAUCCUGCUUAUGGAUCCAUUACUAUGUAUCUGUUUGUUUCUUUUUUAUUUGAGUCUUUUCGAGUCACAGUCGAGUCUUGUAACGAAACAUUGGCGGUUGGUUGGUAUUACAAUCCAAUCUUGAGACUUGAUAUAUAAAACAUCUAUCUUAUUUAGUUAA